AUGGAGAACAAUUGGUCAUUCAAGUUGUUUCAUUUUAGUAAGGUUCUUCUACAAUCUAACCUAUUGCAUAGUAUAAAAUUUACAAGUGAAAACAUGUCUACGGAUCCAAAAAUUUUGGAAGAAUCCAAAUCUAUUUUGAAAGAUAUCUAUUUUGCUGGUGUUAAAGCAGUUUCGCCAAAGCAACUUAUAGUAGAUAGAGUUAAAGUUAAAGAUGGAGUAUUACAAGUCGGUGAUCAAAGUUUUCAAUUGAAAGAAAAUGUUUAUUUGGUUGGUUUUGGCAAAGCUGUCAUGGGUAUGUCCAUAGUUUUAGAACAUAUGCUUGGCAAUCGUUUAAAAAAAGGCACAGUUAGCAUUCCUUCUGCAGCAACGAAUGAAAUAUGGGAGUCUGAAGAUAAAUCAUACUUUCCUAAGUUAGGAACUAGUGUAGUACAAUACCGCGAAGGAAGUGUAAAUAAUCAACCAGAUAAUAGAUCACUAGAAUCAACACAUGAUAUCAUAGAUUUGGUAGAAUCUUUGACUGAAAAUGAUACUUUAAUUGUAUUAAUAUCUGGUGGAGGUUCUGCACUGCUUUACAUGCCAAGACCAAUAAUUGAUACUGAUGACAAAUUACUGCUUUGUAAAAGACUUCAACAUGCAGGUGCCGAUAUCAAAGAACUUAAUAUAGUUAGAAUGAAAUUGUCCAUGGUAAAAGGCGGUGGCUUAGCUCGAAUGGCUUUUCCAGCUUCUAUUAUUACUUUAAUAUUAUCUGAUAUUGUGGGUGAUCCUAUAGAUUUAAUUGCUUCUGGUCCAACAGUAUAUAAUAGUAAAACAUCUAAGCAAUCAAUAGCCAUUUUAAAAAAAUAUGAGUUAUAUGACAAAGUAGAAGGAGAUCUAAAAAAGGCUAUAAUGGCUAAAGAAACUUUUAAGGAUAAACCAUUGCUAACUGGAAAAAGGAAAAAAAAGGAGUUUAAACAUGUCAAAAAUAUUAUUUUGGGGAAUAAUGAAGUGGCAGUUAAAGCAGCUGCUCUUGAAGCAUUGUGUAAAAAGCUUGUUCCAAUAAUAUUAAGGACUGAUGUUACUGGCAAUGUUCAUAAUGUCAGUUUAGCAUAUGUUCAUGUAACAAGUUUAAUAUGUCUUGCAUUAGAAAAGAAACUAGCAAAAGGGGAAUUCUUUGAAAAAGUAAGAGACAUUCCUGUACUUUCAUUGCCUCCCACUAAAGUGGAUGAAAUUUAUAAUUUGCUUGAAAAUGUGAGUGGAGAAGGAAUAGUACUGAUUGGAGGAGGAGAACCAACAGUCAUAGUCAAUGGAAAUGGAAAGGGUGGUAGAAAUCAAGAACUAGCUCUGUACUUUUCCUUAGACUGGUUGGCAAAGAUAAAGAGUAACCCUCAUUUUGCUGAAUACGACGUAAUAAUGUUAAGCGCAGGCACGGAUGGACAAGAUGGCCCAACUGAUGCAACAGGAGCAUUCGGUUAUCCUGCUAUUGGACCAAUAAUUCAUGAUUUGUAUACAAAGGUAAAACUUGCAACUUCAAAAAUGAUACAUAAUCUACAAAUGAAGAAAGAGGCUAUGAACAAGAAAGAAGAAGAACGCCGAAAAUUAGAGCAAUUAAGACCACAAGAAGUAUGUAAGUUACAUGAAUUGAGUGGUUUUGUGAUAAAAGGAAAGAAAGAAUCACAAUCUGAAAAACAUGUCUGUACGGAAACAGAAAAAGAAAUUAAAGAAGAUGAAGAAAAUGAAAUGGAAGAUGUACUUCCAUUAAUAUACCGAACAAUGGAAGUGGAGCGUAUGCUUCCGAAAAAUACUUUAAAUGAUAAUGACACGUACAAUUUAUAUUCACGAUUUAAAAAAGGUUCAGACUUAUUUAAAACCGGCUUUACCGGUACUAAUGUCAUGGACUUACACUUUAUUUAUAUCAAAAAAAGGAAAUGUGACUGUAGGAUAGAUUUUCUUGGUAAAGAGAUAACUGAAAACGUUUUAGACGACCAUGAUAUUCAUAUCGAUGCUUUGACUAUUGAAAAAUACAAAAGGAUGCAUAUGCCACUACUUUUUGAUUGGGGUUCUUAUUUACGUGGAUCCCUAUUUAUUGCCACUGACGAAGCUGAUCACCUUAAUAUAAAAAUUAUUGAUGAUAAUCUGUCAGAACCAUGUUGUCGCAGAAAUAGAAAAUUCCCAGAAAAAAAUCUAUUAAAGGAUAAGAAUCUUCCAAUAUGA